AAAUUUUGAUAUAUUUCUAAAUACAAACAAGAAAAUUUUAAAUAUGGACGAUAAAAAGUUGCACGCUGUACUAACGACAAAAUAGUUUAGAUUUUGUUUUGAUUGGCGUGUUAAGUUUAGGGAGUAUAGAAUGUGCGCGGAUUGUCGUAUUAAAUUAUCUAUAUUUUACGCGUAAAUAGACCAGCAUCGUGGGGGAGGUAUGAUCGUUCCCUUGUAGCCAAGUUAACACCUGCAAGGCUGGCAAAACAAGAAGCAGCGUAGUACACCCAGGAUAGAUCGGCGGUGUGUCAUGUCCAUCUGGUUUACCAGAUGGCUAUCAAAUUCGUUAUCACUGUGCUGCUGUUCGUCGCUUGCUCUUACGCAUCACCUCUUAGAAUGGCGAGCAUAUACGGUUCUCCCUUGUUUAUUGUUGUUACUCAAGAACUCGAUGAUCCUCAAGCUACAAUAAACGAGGAACCGAUAUAUGCAUUAAGCGACGAUUCUAAAGUCGCGGAUAACAACGCGAACUCCAACAUUGAAAAGCGCAGCGCAGAGGAAGCAGAUGAUGAUGAUGAUGAUGACCUCGAAACUGCAGCUGGUACCAAUGUUCUUCGUCCUCUCUUCGUCUAUCGUCAACAGGUUGCUUAUCGACAACGUGUUAGAGACGCGAUUCGACGAGGUAGAAGAAUAUAAGUGGAAGAGGAAAAAUUGAUUUGGAGAUUUCGAGAUUGCAACUAAUUGUUGUCUCAUUCUGGUAUUAUCGAGAAGAUAAUGCAUUCGAGAUAUUUAAAGACCAUGAUGUAAAGCCUGAAUGGCCUAAAAGCUCUAAAAUCUUCAAAAUCCUAAAAAAAGGAUUGAGAAAGAAUCGAGUCUGUGAUGAGAAAAUACCUCACAAAUGAGAUUUAGAUCAAGAUGAACAAUUAAAGGAAGAUGAACAAACUAAAGGCAAAUGAAAAAUGACUUUGAAUAAUCAAAAUAAUUUGAUUAUAUAAAGUCCAAAAAAUAGCAAGAUUUUGAAAAAUAGCAAGGAAUAACGAUAAUAUGAUUAUUUCUGUAGUGAAACUCAUAUCCGAAGUUUGCCAGAAGCUGUAUAAAAUAAAGCUUAUCGUUCACGGAUAUUUAUAUUUAUAUCCAUAAACGCCAAAAGAAUAAGAACUCAAGCUUAUAAACAACGGAAGAUACGUCAAUAUGAAAAUUUUGAAUGCAAAUAAAACUGUUCUCUUGUCGGAACUUACUGAGAUAAAAAUAUGUGAGGUAUAAAAAAAAUACAGAGAGCUCAUAAUAAAAAAAAAAACUUUUGGGAAAACCAGCGAACUUUAAAACGGCAACCAAAAA